AUGGGUGAUAUACAGUGUGAUUCCAAUCCAAUGGUAAAUAAUGGAGACAUCACCAGUGAGAUAUCAACAGAAGUUGGGUCAAUUGUUCAGUUUAACUGCUCUUCUGGUUUUACACUGAAUGGUAGGGUUGGUACUCUUACUUGUAACGCAGAGGGUGUCUUUGAACCAGAUCUAGUUUGUGAAGACUGCAGAUUUCAAGAUGCGGGUGGAUCUUUUGGCACCAUUACAGAUACUAAUCGUCAGGCAGAUGAUGAAAUAGAUUGCACUGAAUUAUGUAAUGCUGACCCCCAAUGUGUCAGCUCCCAGUUCUCUCAACCAAACACAUGUACCUUUGACUUUCAAAUUGACAGGUUUGAAACUGAUACCCCUAACUUAGAACAAUGCAGACGGGCAUGCUUUACCAACAUUAGAUGUGAAGCCUUUAUCGCUUUUUCUGGAGAUCUAUUGAGUUUCCCAUGCUUAUUAUUCACCAAGCCAUUUAGUUCAUUUACAGAAUCUUCAGUAAGCACAUCAUCGAGCUGUAUUUGA